AUGGCGGACCAGAGCAUCAUCCGGAUCACGAAAGAGAUCAGCGAUCUCCAGAGAAAUUCGGACCUGUCGCUCGCCGUCGCCUUCAGGGAUCGCGAUGUCCGCAACGUCAGGGCCCUCAUAAUCGGCCCCCACGAGUCCCCCUACGAGUUUGGCUUCUUCGAGUUCGCCGUCAAGUUUAACAAAGACUACCCCCGGAAGAGCCCGUCCGUGACCGCCACCACGACGAAUGGCGGCCGCUGCAGGUUCAACCCCAACAUCUACGCCAACGGCAAGGUGUGCCUGUCCAUCCUGGGCACGUGGCGCGGCGAGCGUGGGGAGGAGUGGUCGGCUGCCCAGGGCCUCGAGUCCAUUCUCUUGUCGAUACAGAGUCUCAUGUCCGGCAACCCUUACGAGAACGAGCCUGGUUUUGAGGAUGCCAACGAGCCUUCGGAUAAGAAGAAUAUGAAGGAUUAUGUGGCCAAGAUCCAUCACGAGACUCUGCGCGUUUCUAUAAUUCAGCGGCUGGAGGAGUAUCUAGGGAUUACCAGCGGCAUCCAGGCUCCGACGCGCACCGCCGCCGAGAGAGAGGAGUACGACCUGGAUUUUGACGACGAUGAUAUAGACGAGUCUUCUGUGCCUUGGGAGCCGUUCAAGGACCUCGUCAAGCAGCGGUUUCUUUGGUACUACGAUUCCUAUCUAGAGACUAUACAAAAGGCCAAGGCGGAUGUCAAGGACGGCCAGCCCUUCGCCCGCAUGCCCUUUGAGGGUAGUAGCAAUACCAUGGAGGGCAAAUUCAACUAUACCGAGCUGGAGCGGAGACUGCACAAGAUUAAGGCUGCGCUCGACGCUGAGGGAGAAUCAUGGGCAGCCGAGGGUCUGACGGCGAAGCACAAGGAGGGAACCGUGGCUGUCAAUCUCGCCCGCCAAUUCGAGCAGAUCAGGGAGUCUUACAAGAGGAGCGAUGUGUCUCACCACAUUGAAUUGGAGAACGGCAACCCCUUCGUCUGGAACCUCACCUACUUCGGGCGGCCCAUGACGAACCUCGACGGUGGCCUAUUCAGGAUUACCCUCCGCUUCAGCCCACGGUUCCCUGAGGAGCAGCCACGGGUCAAGUUCCACACCCGCAUCUUCCACCACAGGAUCGCCGCCGACGGGUCGCCCUGCUACUUUCCCAAUGCGAGCCGCCGAGAUGACGUUAAGAAGCACAUUGACGCCAUCAUCGACUCUCUGGAAGAGGAGCAGCCGCCUUACGACCCUAGAACUCUGACAAACCCAGAGGCACACAAGCUGUUCUGGGGCUCCGCGGACGAUCGGAAGACUUACAAUCGACGCCUCCGCCGAUCCGUCCAGCAGAGCACGGAGGACUGCUAG